AGCCCGGAAACUUGGUGCCAUGGAGUUCCGAGCUCGAGAUUACAAAGCAGAGAGUGAAGCUCACGCGCUUCCCCGCAAGCGGGCAGACGGUGACCCUCUUUCUGCUCCGGCCGUGUCUCAUCCCCAGAAUGAUGUGGAAACUUCGGAAUUUGGACAUGGAAGAGGCAUAUAUAUGGUUGCAGAGAUUGAGCUCUAUGGAAAAGGAUGGAACUUUUUGUUUAGUUGUGGUUCCUCCUUCCGGUGUCCAACAGGUUGACAUAGUAGAGGACAAAGGAGAAGAAUUUUUUGAUCCCUUGCGAGAGCCAAAUUCAAAUGUUGUUGGCUCACUUGAUACCGAAGACGAUAUUGGUCAUCCUUCUGUAGUGGUGUCUACUGAAGUUCCUGGGCAAGAAAAUGCAAAGAGGGAAUGGACCUCUUUCAAGAGAUUCCUAAUGCAGAGGUUUCCUGUCUCCAAAAUGGUGUCGAUUUCUGCGAUGUCUGAUGGAAUAUUGAGAAGUGGCAAAGGAUAUGAGAAACUGUCUAUGAGCACCGACCCCGACGAAUUGGAUGAUUCGCAAAAGUUUUCUGAAGAAGGUAUCAGAUCAAUAGCUCGUCAGGAGUACAUCUCACGAUUAAAGGAGUUCAAAGAGAAAUUUGCCGAUGCAUGGCAAUCUGGCGAUCGUGUGACAUCGUUGAAGCUGGCCAUCAAGGUCGCUAAGCUUCUAACAGAUACCUCAGUCGGGCAGUUUUAUCCUACUCUCUUUGUUCUUGCUACAGAUAUAAUGGAAAUGCUCGGUGAUAUGGUAUGGGAGCGUGUAAAGCAAAAGGCUGAAUAUGCUGAAGAUGGAACUUUCCUCUGCUCAUUACCUGCAAGUUUCCGAGCAGACGAUGUUGGUCUUGAUGCCAAAGAAACUUGUAACAACUGGUUCUGCAAAAUUGGUUCCGUGAAGGAGCUUCUUCCACGGAUUUAUUUGGAGUUGGCGCUGUUACCUUGUUGGCGAUUUCUGGUUGAUCAACCGAUUGACAGUAUUCAACGAUUGGUUAUGAUGGCACGAGGAGUAGCAGAUCCAUUGGCAUGUUCUUAUUGCCGCCUAUACAUAGCCCGUUGUGCACAGAAAUUGCCCUCAGUUGAUACAGGGAGUCUUAUCAGAUGUAUUAAUGACACCAAACACUUACUGAUGCAUUCCAUGUCACUGAGAGAAGGCAGUCAGGAAAGUUCAAAGGACCGCAGAAAAUCACUUGUCAGUUUGAUGGAGCCAUCUAUUGAAUAUAUUAUGCGGCACAUUUUUCAGGAUGCAUCUCUGAAGCUAUUGGAGAGCGCAGUUGUUGAAUUUGGGCUUGGAAACACUGAGGCUCAUGGCAGUAACCCAUCUAUUUCAAUCAUUGUUCAUAAUCUUAUCAAGGAGCUUCCAGUUGACAUGGUCAAUUCUAAGACAAUAGAUAUCAUCAAUCUGAUAGAAUGCUGCAAUGAUUAUACUUUAGAUCAGUGCUUAAAUUACAGGUUACUUGGGUUCCGGCUCUCCGAAAGUAAAUAUUCAUUGCACAUAGUCACUGUGGUUGAUCGAGUUAUCAGGGUUGUUUCUCAGAAGGAUAUGCUUGAUGAGUACCUGAAGGUUGUGGAUGCUUAUGUGGAUCUUAUUUUUCAAAAUCAUAUGGAUGAUCAUCUUGUGAAGAUUUUAGAUGGUAUUUCAAAACGGAUAUGCAAUAAGGGAAUGGUUGGAGAUGAACUUGCAUGCUUGCAAUCCAUUCUGGUGAAGCUUCUUUCACAUUUUAAGAACCUAGAAGAUAUAUUUUCUCUGAACCAUUUUCUCGAGAUAUUGGAUAUGAUGUAUGGAAGGUCAAGGAUGAUUGUCAACAUGCACAUACUUGAUAAGGCAACAAGGGGAGGAUUAAUAUGCGAUCCAACUACCAUUCAAUUGCUUUUUGAAGUUUCUCAAGCUCUAAAUGAUAGUAUAGAUCAAGUAAAUGUGAGAGAUGAGGAUCUUCAGCAGCCUGCCCGAAUGAUCUCUCGAUUUAUUGAUAAGGUCAGCUAUGGUGCAGACAGAGAACGGCAUUUGGCAUUCUUAGUUGAAUGCCGUCGAGCUUUUGGUAGCACAAAUGAACUUAAGGAAACUCUUGUUCAUUCUAGCAAUUCUUUGGCAGUUAAGGCCUUGAUCGAGAGGAAGAAUCAUCUGGACUUUUUAAAAUCUUGCAUAGCAUUUAGUGAAGUUACUAUAUCUUCUGUUACAGCCCUCGUGAGGCAGUUGAAGCUUUAUCUUGAGACUGCAGAGGUUGCUUUGCUGGGUGGUUUGGUUUCACAUUCAGAUGGACUCGUUCAGUCUGCGAUUAGCUGCAUGCAGUCUGUGGACUUGGUGGAUGUUUCACGAGGGCCUACAGAUGCUGAUGAAACUCUGAACUUUCUCCAGAAAAUAUGUGGUUUCCUGAUUAUACUUCCAGGUAAUCCUGAAAAAGGGGCUGUAUAUACUCCAAAAAGCCUGUUUGCACUCCUCAAUUCUCAAUCAUGGAUGACUCCUAGGAUGAGAGCGAGGAUAUGUUGUGCAAUGAUUUCAUUGUCAGCAACACUGUCCCAAAAGAAUCUCCCGUAUCAUGCAAGUAAAUCUGGGAUUCCAAGUAAUGACAUUCUAUUUUACGGCAACUCGGCUUAUUUCGGGGAGUUGGUAUCAUUCUCUGAGGAAGUUGUCCGGAAGCUAGUUGAUGCCAUUAAGCAAGAGCCUUCUCCGGUGGCCCGUGGAAGCAUGGCGCUCGAAGCUUGCAACUGUAUUGCUUUGUCCUUCAAAAUGAGUUGUGAGAUAUCUGCAAUUUGCUUCGAACUUUUGGAGAUGGCCAGGAGGGGAUUGGGCGCUAAAGACAGAUAUCUGAAGUCCACAAUCAACCUCAUGGAUUCAUAUUCAACAUCGCCUCAGCUAUGCCAAUGACCGUUUAUUUUUUAUGAGAAGUCGAGCAUCAUAGUUUGCAGGUAUCGUAGCGUGGUCUCAACCCAUACAUUGUGCUCGCAUCCCAUUCAGGGUUUGUCAGCUCCAGUUUCCCCAGCUCUGUGAAAGAUAACGGGCUCUGUAAGAUGCUGCAACACGACCCUGCUAAACCAGGAAGUGCUAUUCAGUUGUUUCUUUUGGAGUUAGGCGGGCUUCACAGACUUACUCAAGAUCUCUCACUAGACAAUCUGUGUCGGGUUCGGGCGAUGUCAAUCGACAUAUGACUCGACUAAAGUUGCGUGGAGAUGUAAAUUCAAAUUUUACUACUAUGUUUUGGCUGAGCAUGUGCUCGUGGUGGGGGAUAUGACUUUUAAGUCCCUCUGUUUUACUUCUGUGCAGUUUUUCGGGCAAGAGAGAACAUUUUUUACGAUAUCUUCACUGAGAAGGGAAAAAAAAAAAAAACUGAACAAUCUGUGCUCGUUGAAAUGAAAAACCAUAUGAUAAAUUAAAUGGAGGUCUCUCAUUUUUAUUCGAAAUGAUGUGAAA